CUACACAUGGUCAAUAGAUAAGCAAAGGCGGAGGGGGGGAGAGCUGUUUCCAUUUGAUCGAUCCAAAGACGUUGCCUUUCUCCUUCGUCCUUUUCCGCCGCCCAUUCCCCACCACGGAGCGGAGUGAGGCUGCAGUGGCAGAUCUUGUGUAGGACGCUGAGGGGGCGGCGCUCUCUUCGUCUCGAAAAGUUCCAUUUUGAAGUUCUGAUUUUGUUUUUGCUGAUCCGUUUGUUUUAAACGUUGUUUCCGGAUAUCUGGUUCUUCUAAGUCUGCUUCACACCCGUCGAUUUUGUGUCGAAGGUCGAAUUUGGCUAAAGGAAUCCUUAGAUCGUGUGCCUUCUGUGCUACGGAGAACAGGGGAAUUGCGAAGCUUGAUGCGGGAAAGAGUUUUCUUUAUCAGUUGAUUCUUAGAAAAGGAAGGAUUUUAAGUGCAGUGCAUCUUUUGGAUGCCAAAAUAUAUAGAUAUAUAUAUCCCAUUCGUUGGGCUGUUGGUUCAAGCAGUAGACAAAUAGGGGCUUACUUCAAUUUCUAUUUAUCCUGAUUUUUGUCCUUUGCAUGUGUGCGGCAAAGCAUGAUUAAGCAAAUUUUCCGCCGGAUCCCUCGCAAGCAGUCCAAGUCAGGUGAUAAACGAGAUUUGGCUGCAGGCGCUAGCCCAUCAUCAGCAACUUCGACUAGUUCACGAGAUGGGGAUUUGUCAAACAACAGGGUCACAAUUCUCCCUCCUGGUCAGGAUUCUGAGCUAGUUCAUCUAACUCAGCAGAACCAUGCUGGAAUGCGAAAUGGUGGUUUGUCUAUCAUGCCCUAUGAAGCACUGCCGAGCUUCAAAGAUGUAUCGAGCUCCGAGAGGCAGAGGUUAUUCAUCAGAAAGGUGAAUUUGUGUUGUGUGGUAUUCGACUUCACAGACUCCACAAAGAGCUUGAAAGAGAAGGAAAUAAAAAGACAGACUCUUCAAGAUCUAGUUGAUUAUGUGACCUCAGCCAGUGGCAAGUUUCCAGAGAAUGUUAUGCAAGAGAUCAUCAAGAUGGUGUCCUUAAACUUGUUUAGGACCCUCAGUUCCCCACCUCAUGAGUACAAGGUUCUACAAGGCUUUGAUUUGGAGGAUGAUGAACCUGUAAUGGACCCUGCAUGGCCGCACCUCCAUCUUGUUUAUGACUUCUUUUUGAAGUUCCUUCAAUCACCUGAGACAGAUGCCAAGCUGGCAAAAAGAUAUAUUGAUCAUUCCUUUGUUCUUAAGCUGAUCGACCUAGUUGACUCUGAGGACGUCAGAGAGAGGGAGUAUUUAAAGACAAUUCUACACCGUAUCUAUGGAAAAUUUAUGGUGUAUCGACCAUUUAUAAGAAAAGCUAUUAAUAAUAUAUUCUAUCAAUUUAUCUUCGAGACUGAAAAACAUAAUGGGAUUGCAGAGCUGCUAGAGGUAUUGGGAAGUAUUAUCAAUGGCUUUGCAUUGCCUUUAAAGGAAGAGCAUAAAUUGUUCCUUGUUCGGGCUUUAAUCCCACUCCAUAAACCAAAAUGUAUGGGGAUAUACCAUCAGCAAUUGUCAUACUGCAUAACCCAAUUUAUAGAAAAAGAUUGCAAGCUUGCAGAUAGUGUCAUAAGGGGCUUGUUGAAAUUUUGGCCUAUCACCAACAGUUCAAAGGAAGUUAUGUUCUUGGGAGAGUUAGAAGAGGUCUUGGAUGCAACUCAACUUCCAGAAUUCCAGCGAUGUAUGGUCCCACUAUUCCACCAGAUAGCCCGCUGCUUGAAUAGUCCUCAUUUUCAGGUAGCCGAGAGGGCAUUGUUCCUAUGGAACAACGAUCACAUCGAGAACCUGAUCAAACAAAAUGUCAAGGUACUAUUACCCAUAAUCUUUCCAGCACUCGAAAGAAACGCCACAAGUCACUGGAACCCAGCUGUUCAGAGCUUGACGUUAAAUGUUCGAAAGAUCUUUGCUGAUAACGAUCCCGACCUAUUCACUGAGUGCCUGAAGAGAUUCGAGGAAGAUGAACUCAAAAGCAAGGAGAUCCAAUCAAAACGCGAAUCAACAUGGAAACGUUUGGAGGAAAUUGCUGCUACUAAAGCCGCGAGCAACGAGCCUGUGCUUAUUCCGCGAAUAGUACAUCGUCCAAUUUAAGCCUUAGUAGCUCAAGUUCCUUUUUGUAUUAUGAGGUCAUCGGAUCGACAUUGGGUAACAUGAGUCCAUAGAAGGUUAUAGUUAGAUUAGUGCAUGAUGUAGGCUUACUUUCCGCAUUGUUGGCUCUUUUGGGGAGGAUUUAGAAAAGUUGUACAGGUUGAAAAAUGUAAAUACCAAGUUUAUCAAGAAUGUCAUGCGAUAGCAGUGUUGGAGUUCGUGGAUUACUGGUAUACGAAGACAUGAAUGCUUUCAGCUGUGUACUAUUUUUUUGUUUUUGAUGUGUUAAUGCUCUGUUUGUUAUGA